UCCUAUUUGUUUGUUGGCAUUCAUGCAUGAAUUUCACCAGACUUUGCGUUGGGUUUGCGAUGUGAUAGAGGACGGAAAUGCAGCCCGCUUACUUGUGUUGCCUGCGGCAGUGCACACAAAUUGGUAUUGGUGCGGUGCAGAGGGCAGAUUGUACGCUCUUCCACAUGACAGUGAACAAAUAUUCAAUUUCCUAUGUGCAGUCUUGGAGAACUUUGAGUGACGACGAACAUUUAUUUAUUAGCAUCUGUAUUUAAGCAAGGGAACUUCACACGAGCUGCCUGGUUCUCAAACAAGCCGCCGGUGUCAAGUGUUUCCGCUUAAAGUGUCGGGGAAGUUUAUGUUUAAAAAAUCAAACAAACACGCACGCGACCAGAGUCUGGCGAGACGUCAACGUUCGGGUCCGCGUUUGACAGCGACGGUCAGCUGGCAGCUUGCGAGACGUGCCGUCCACGAAGCGCUGGCUACGCAAGGCAGCGAAAGGUGCUGGUAUGUGUACAUGAUGAGCAGUUUGGGGGAGAACUCCAUGGAACCCCUGUUCUCAGAAAACCGGAAACGCAAACUCUCCACUUGCGACACACCUGGUCUCGGGAGUGAGCGGAAGCGGCGGGAGCAAGAAAGCAAGUACAUCGAGGAGUUGGCAGAGCUGAUCUCAGCCAACCUCAGCGACAUCGACAGUUUCAAUGUCAAACCAGACAAAUGUGCAAUCCUCAAAGAGACUGUGCGGCAGAUCCGCCAGAUCAAGGAACAGGGAAAGGCUUCCAUCAGCGACGAUGUCCAGAAAUCCGACGUGUCCUCAACAGGUCAGGGGGUCAUUGACAAAGACCACCUAGGGCCCCUUUUGCUACAGGCUUUGGAUGGCUUCUUGUUUGUGGUGAACCGAGACGGUAACAUUGUGUUUGUGUCGGACAACGUGACCCAGUACCUGCAGUACAAGCAGGACGAGCUCAUCAAUACCAGCGUCUACAACAUUCUACAGGAAGAAGAUCGGGAGGAGUUCCACAAGAACCUGCCCAAGACCAACAUAAAUGGAGUGUCGUGGGGAAACGAAGCAGCCCGACAGAAGAGUCACACCUUCAAUUGCCGAAUGCUUGUCAAAUUUGGCCACGCUCAUGGCACUAUGGAGGAGGGGCCAGGGGGGCCACGUUAUGAGACCAUGCAGUGUUUUGCCCUUACUCAGCCAAAGGCCAUGAUUGAGGAGGGGGAAGAUCUGCAGUCAUGUAUGAUCUGCGUGGCCCGUCGGGUUACAGCUAUGGAAAGAACUGAGAGCUUCAAUACCAGGCACGAGCUCUCAGGUAAACUGAUCCAGAUAGACCAGAACUCUCUGCGAGCAUCAGUGCGUCCCGGUUGGGAGGAUUUAUUGAGGCGUUGCAUCCAGAUGUUCCUCCAGCACAGUGAUGGACAACCGUGGUCUCACAAACGCCACUAUCACGAAGCCUUUUUGCAGGGCCAUGCCGAGACACCGCUGUAUCGCUUCUCCCUCUCCGAUGGCACGCCGGUCACAGCCCAGACAAAGAGCAAACUGUACCGUCACCCUAUGAGUAACGAGCCACAGGGCUUCAUCUCUACUCACCUCCUUCAGAGAGAACCGAAUGGUUACCGCUCAACUCAAGGUGGAAACAUGUUGGCCAACACCAUGAGACAGCAACCCAUGGGAGGCCCCAACCCGAAUGCCCAAAUGAACAUGAACCCCAGUGGUGGGAUGGUGAUGGGGGGCAUGGGCGGUACGAAUAGGGGCUUUGGAAUGAACGAGCAUGGGCACAUGGGCCAUAUGGGUCACAUGGGUCAGAUGGGUGGCUGCUCUGCAUAUGGAGGAAAUAGUGGGGGUGGAAAUGGGGGCAUGGCUAAUCGCAUGAUGCAGAUGAGUCAGAUGGGGCAUAUGAGUCAAAUGGGUCCAAUGAAUAACCCAAGUCAAGGCAUGCAGCACCACCCACAUCAGCCCCCCUUUCAGAGUAGCGGGGGCUAUGGGCUGAGUGGCUUGAACAGCCCUUCGGGGAGCCCUAGGAUGGGCGCCCCCCAGUCAGGACUUUUAAUGUCACCACGAAAUCGAGGAAGUCCAAAGAUGGGCGCCAAUCAGUUUUCCCCUGGAGGCAUGCAUUCUCCCAUGAGUGGCAUUUGCAGUGGUGGAGGAAGCAGUGGGAAUACAACAACCUACUCAAGCAGCUCCCUCAACGCCUUACAAGCUAUCAGUGAAGGAGUUGGGAACUCAAUUCCUUCCACACUGAUGUCGCCUUCGCCUGUCCAUAAACCAGAUAGUUCUCCUAGUGUCCAUUCGUCUUCCUCCUCCCAGCCUAACCAAAUGGCCAAACCAGGCCAGGAUGGGUCCAAAAGCCCAGUGGGAGGCUUGGGGCCAGGGCUUGGACCUGCUGAGCAUCCCCACACCUUGCACCAUCAUCAAGCUGAAAGCUCUGGAGACAGACCUGACAGUCAGGCAGCUACAGCAUCUAAAGAUUUGGGAGAAGGUAGCAAUGAAGUGCCCGCGGCAAUGUCAGAACCUACUCGAAGGGUACCGGACAGUAAGGGUCACAAGAAGUUGCUGCAGUUGCUGACUUCACCAACUGAGGAGCUCGGAAUAGGUGGAAGUGGACCUCCAGGGCCCAAUGUACCACAAGCGCCAACCAACAGUAGUACUCCGGUAACCUCAGAAAAUAAGGACCCUGCAGGGGGAAUGACUAGCCCUACAUCCACUGGGGUGUCCUCUUCUUCCUCUGCCAGUACCAUUUCAAAUCAGACAAGCGGGUUAGCCACAUCAGCCAACUACACAGGCUCACUCCAAGAAAAGCACAAGAUCCUCCACAAGCUACUUCAGAAUGGCAAUACGCCCGACGAGGUAGCAAAGAUCACAGCAGAGGCUACAGGAAAGGUGGCACUAGACAGUCAAGAGGGCAGUGAAGUCGGUACGGGCGGAUCGGGGGCUGGUAGUGGACCAGGCUUGAUCACUGAGCCAAAACAGGAGCAGCUUAGCCCCAAGAAGGAGAAGACCCACGCCCUUCUCCACUAUCUCCUUAACAAGGAUGAUUCCAAAGAGCCGGCAGACAUCAAGCCCAAAUUGGAGGAACUAGACGGCAAGGGACCCUCGGGAACAGCUUGUGGUCCCCCAGGUGGUGGCCCUUGCCAUACUCCUGAACAUCAUGAGAGCAAGAUCAAGUCUGAACCACCUGAUGAUUUGCACAACCUUGAGUCCAUCCUGGGAGAUCUAAGGGGCACCAGUUCUGCUUUUUACCCGGAUCAAGCCGGAGGCACCGGGCCAAACGAUGUCAACAAACCCCACGGUUGUCUUGAUGAGAGCUUUCAGGAGAGCCCAGGUUUGGGUCCAGGACAUCGAGGCCCUUUCCAGAGGGCAUUGUCUGUAGAUGGGAAGUCCCCUGGUGCGCUUGGAGGAGCAGGAAGGCGCCCCAUGCUUGUCAAGCAGGAGAAUGUGACGAAUAGCCCAGAUGGGUACCUAGGAAAUAUGGGACCAAUGAAUAGGGCUAUGGUGGCCCAGAGGUCUCCCAUGGGGGGAUCCGGAGACUGGGGUAUGUCCCGCUCCAGCACCAGUCCAGUGGGUUCAUCUGUUCAUCCCUCCAUGAUGCGCCCCAACAUGGAGUACAAUGGUAGCAAAGGAAUGAUGGCAGGCCCAAUGGGGGGCCGUUCUAAUAGUAACCCAGGACCUAGGUCUAUGUUGCAGCAGCAGCUCAUGGAUAUGGGUGGCUCCACUGACAUGGUGAUGAAUGUCAGCGGCUUCAACCAGCAGGGCCAACCCAACUCCUCAUGGCCGGACGCUCUAAUAAGCAUGGAAGGAAACCGACGCCAGUUUGCAAGCACCUUAGAUGAACUUUUGGCACCACCCACCACCAGUGAGGGUCAAAGCGACGAGCGGGCGCUCCUAGACCAGCUCGAUACUCUUUUGAACAACACCGAUGGCACCACUCUUGAGGAGAUAGACAGGGUUCUAGGCAUCCCAGACCUUGUCAGUCAGACUCAGGGAGCAGAUCAACAGCUGGAGCCUUUCACUGGACAAGAGCCUUCCAUGGUACUGGACCAAAAGCCUCUUUAUGGACAAGGCUAUCCAGGACCCCCUACCAUGGCCAUGCAAAGUGGCUAUGGCGGGAAUCCUAUGCAGGGACAGCCUCAACAAGGCGGAUUUGGGCCCAUGCUGUCUCAAAUGGGCCAAAGUAAUAGUUUCCCUGGCAUGGGUGGAAUGGGGGGCAUGGGGCACCCUCGUGCUAACAUGAUGAGGCCCAGGAUGAUGAGUGCUAACAAACCCAUGAGGCUCCAGUUGCAACAAAGGCUGCAGGGACAGCAGUUCAUGAAUCAGACACGGCAGGCCAUGGGCAUGAAGAUGGAAAACCCUGGAGGCAAUCCUGGCAUGAGGCCCACUAUGCAGGGGGGCAUGGCUGGACAGCAGGGUUUCUUGAAUGCUCAGAUGAUGGCGCAACGCAGCAGGGAGAUGGUGACCAUGCAGAUGAGAAGACAGCGCAUGAUGAUGCUAAUGCAACAACAAGCUGCUGCAGGUGGAUUCAGCCCCCCACCAAACGUCACAGCUCCUGGCGGCAUGGACAGCAGUGUGGGAGGCCCAAACAUGGGUCAGCCUGGUCCACAGCAGUUUGGCUAUGGAGGGAAUUACGGUAUGAGCCAGCAGGGUGACCCCUCAUUCGGCCCAUCUGUUGCCAACAGUCCUCCUAACCCCAUGAUGGCGGGCCGCCUCGGGCCUCAAAACACCAUGAUGCAACAGCACCCACAGGGCAGUCCCAUGUACCAAGGCACAGACAUGAAGAGCUGGUCGCAGGGCGGCAUGGGACGAAACAGUUCGUACCCUCCCCAGCCAUUUGGUCAACAAGUGCCUCAAGGACAGCAGCAGUUCGGGCAGCAAGGAAAUCCUGGCCAAUAUGGGGGCAUGAUGAUGAAUGGUGGCAUGGCGGCUAGUGGAGGAGCAGGUCACAUGGGUCAGAUGGGUAUGAAUCCAAUGGUGAUGGGGCGCAUGAUGGGACAAGAUCAGAAAUAUUGCUGAACUCCACGGAGGACUUCAUGGUUUGCCGGAAAACACGCACUCGCCACUGGAGUCGCAAGACUUUUGACUUAUGUCUUGGCUACAGACGUGGGAAAAAUAACAGUGCUUGUCAAGCUAACACUGUGACACAAACACGUACAGUAAAAAGCGCCUUUGUGAUUCCCCUGCUGACCGCAGUUUGACAUACUUGUCCAAACAGGUAGCAAUGUAGAAACGCCACUUAAUUGGGCAAAAUGGCGUCAGUGGGCUUGAAGAGCUCAUGAGUUGUUUCUGUGUAUUUGAAGCCUACUUUGUCGAAUGUAUGAUGAAACUAUGUUUUUUGUUCUUUGUUGUUCAUUGCCUCUCUCUCUCAUGUUUAUCCGCCGUUUGGCUUCUGCUUCCGAUGGAGGCGCCGACAGUAAAGAUGGUUGUAAAUUGAAGCAAGCCACUGGAUUGUGACACUCAGAUGAAUGUCAGUAAAGAAGCCACGGGCUAGCGUACAACUGAUUUACUUGUUGGCUGAUUGCACUUUAAGAAGAGGCCAGCAUCGACAAGAUUGUGGUAAUAUAGAGGCCUUUACUCAAGUUUGAACCCAUAGUGGAAUAUAUAUACACAGUUUAAUUUAACCUUUGUUCUAAUUUGGGGAAGGGGCGGGGGGAGCGAAAAUAAGUUUGAGGAUCUUUGUUCCUAAGUGGGAACCAGUAGAAAGGUAGCAAGCACAGAUUUUACAACAACACUCUUGUCGUCAGUGUACCAAUUUGUAAUAACAACAGAAAUUGAGAGGGGGGAAAAUAAAACAAUCCUUUUGAAAAUCAAACUGGCGUAUAUUUAUACAGAUUCAAGAGGAGGUUGUUUUAUCAAUCCAGAGGACAUUUUUUAAAUCGCAAAGUUGAAGAUAUUUUGGUUACCUAAAAUUUUCAGUCUUUAAGCGUACAGAAGUAGAAAAGUGGCCGCGUGUGACAUCCAUGUAUAUACAGUAUAAGUUCACUGUAAGAUAACUAGAUUUCUAGCAAUAAUCCUUCCUCCUGGUUCUCGUCUGUGUUGAAGCAUCAGUUCCUCAAAGUGGUGGUACUGCAGUAUUAGACACAAUGUCUUGUUGUAGUUCCUUUAUGAUUAAUCGUAAUUGUAAAUAGACUUCAGAUGUACUAUACGGUAUAUAUAAAUAUAUAUAUGCUUUUGUAGGUCACAUACUUUUUUGCACAGAUUGCAAGGCUUCGUAUUUAAUUUUCUUAUUCCAACAUAGGUCAGCUUUUGUUUUAAAGACUGAAGAGAGAAGGCCUCUGUAUGUUUUAAAAGCAGUACAUGUGUAUUUUUUUCAUACUGCACUUGCAUUCUCUUAAAAAGCACUUUUUAUUGUAAUUUUUAAAUCGUUAUUUCUCAUUUCUAUUUUAUGAGGGCAUAAGCUUUGUUAUAGAGGUGCUAAUGAAAACCGGUUCAAGGAAAUAUUGUAUUUGGAGGGGUCGGAAAUUGUAUUCGGGAAGAGUUUUUCUAGGCUAGGUGCUUUUUCGACGUGUGGGUGUAUUUCCAUUUAAACAGAACUUCAUUAUUCUAUGGCAUUUUUACUGUAAUUUGGAUUUUGACAAUAGGCUCUUUGCACAUAGUGCCAUGACAUCAUAUCCAUUGUGAAUAAUAAAGUUGACCAUUUUCCGGUUUGUACUAUAGUCUUAAAUAGUUGAGUAUGAGCCAUAAUAAAGAAUUUAAUUCCAAACACAACAUGAAUGUUUGAAGCAUUCAGUUAACUUUUAACUCGCUUAUCAUUAAGUGUAUUAGCAUUAAAUUAAUAGGGGAUACAUACACUCUAUAAUAGAGCCGGGCACUAGCAAUGUACUGUAUUUUUCGGACUAUAAGUCGCACCAGCACAAAAGUGCGGAGUGAAGAGGAAAAAAUAACGUAUAAGUUGUGUUUUUGGGGGCAAUUUACUUGAUAAAAUCCAACACAUACAACAGAUAUGUCAUCUUGAAAGGCAAUUUAAGAUAAAAAUACAAUAGAGAACAUAUGCUAGAUAAGUGUACAGUAUGAUAAUGUUACAUGAUGCAUGAACAACGAAAUGCGAACGUGGCCGGUAUGUUAACGUAACAUAGCUAUUAAGAGUUAUUCAGAUAACUAUAGCAUAAAGAUUAUGCUAACAAGUUUCCAAACUAUCAGUGUCACUCCAAAACACCAGCAUAACAUGUGAAAUGAUAUAAUAAUGAGUCAAUAAUUUCACACUUAAGUCGCUCCAGAGUAUAAGUCGCACCCCCAGCCAAACUAUGAAAAAAAAACUGUGACUUAUGGUCCAAAAAAUACGGUAGUUUGAAUUUCAAUAGCAAAAAAAGCUAUAAACACAUUCAUCUCUGUUUUCAUACAUCGUCUAAACCUAAACCAGCGUGGCCUGUUUAUACCCAAUCAGCGGGCUGUAUCAGGUCCAGUGUGUACAAUUACCAUAGUUUUAAGAAAACUGAAACAAUGUUGGAAAUGACGUGCAAAGAGCCCAUUUGCUCCACUUAGCCUCCAAACAUGUGCGUUCUUGUUUGAUUAGUGUAAAACCCCUGCUCAACAAGUUAGUUGUAGCUCAUAAUAGUUUUUUGAUACAAAAUGUGACUUUCCCCUUUUAUUUUUUUAAAAUAUCUAUAUGUAUUUCCUGUGAAUCUUUUGUUUUAGGAAUCUACCUAUGAAGACGUGCUCAAUCCAAAGAGUUUUUUGUCGUUUUGCAUUGCUUAGAGAUACUUCCUCAACUAGAUUGUACACGUGGGCUUUUACUGUUGCGCCUAUGAUGUUGAAUAUGAUUGCAUAUAUUAUACCCUCUCCCAUAAAACAAAUGGUAGUAUUAAUCUGGUUGUGGUACUUUUAUCCCUUCUUUUGGGAUUUCUGUUUUCCUCUGGCUUAAAGUAAAAGAAUUGAAGAUUUUGUAAAUUGCCAGCACUUCAGGAACUAUUUUCCUCCCAUAGAUAGAGAAUCUUUAAACAACGAUUUGAUAUUGAAAAAAAUCUAGAGAGAAAAAGAUAAACCCCAUGUGAAGUACAUAUUCUUUUUUUUUUUUCUUACUUUGUUUUUCGAUGUUAAUAUUCUUGUAAAUACAAAUUUAUAUUUAAACCAUUUGUCUCUGCUGGUUUUUUUUCUCCACUCAUAACAUCGCUUACAAUUUCUUUUGAAUUGCCAAAUGCAAUUUUAGUGAUGUUUUUUAAAUACUGGCAUAUUGCAGACCCAAUGUUAGCAUUUUAAAAGAGCUGCACAUUAAUCAGUAUUUUCAGGUAACAUCAGUUUUGAAAGUUACCCACGUGUGCCCACCCAAGUGUUAUGUGAUUUUCAUUUAAAAAUGACAUCCUUUAAAAGGUGCUCAUCCUCCUGCAUGAAAGCAUUCGUGAAGUCUGCUGUUGACCAAUGAUGGACAAAAACGGGAUUUUUUUUGUGUAGGCAGAAACGAGAAAGUGGCAGGACUGCGACACAGUGACCUUGAGCAAGUAAAAAAUUUGUCAUUUUAGUAACUAUGGUGAAUUCAGGAUGAAAUUCACAGAAUCCCAGCUCAGAUGAGGAAUCUCAACAGCAGAUUUCCAGAAUGCGUUCGUACAGCAGGGCGCCAUUUAAAGAACGUCUUUU